AUGAGUCGCCUGCACCAUGGCCAGGAGGUGGGGGGCGGCAUCACCGCAACCAAAUGGAGUGGCAGGUUCGCUGCCAUCGCGUCUGACAUGAAAGCGUUCCGAAAAAUAGUACCAAACCUGGACCGGACUGGACGGAGCUCUUUCUGCAGCACAACAAACAACUCAGCUCCUCCGAGGAACCUAGCAGUUCGCCCUCCAAGAGAGCCGGUUACGAAACCCACAAACGGAAAUGCCAAUCUACAGAGGCCGAAUGGGUCCGGGUGCUAUGUCCUUGACCAGAAGCAGAAAACACAAUGCGCCUCGCGCCGGUUCUCGAGUGGCUUUGGUUGUACCGACGAAGAGGAAUUUCCAUACUUGUCGCCGGUCACUAAGGCGCUCAAGCCGACACCCACUCCUCCCAGCAAAAGUAAUACGCAUUGCACCACCACCCACGAAAAUUCCAGUUUUGCAAGAGAGACGGACAACGACGCAGAGGAAGAAGAUGAGGACGACGAGGAUGACGAAAGUGGAGAGGAAGAUGAUGACGACGAGGAUAACGACGAUGACGGAGAUGAAGAGGAGGACGAGGAGGAAGACAACAACGAUGACGACGAGAAUGACGAUGGCGAUGAUGCUGCGAGAUCACAAUCCAAAGUCCGUUAA